AUGCACGAUUCGCGCGACGAAAGUGCGCAGAACCGCUCAAUACCUGAUCUUGCCAGUCUGAAUGCCUUCGCUCAGGGCUACGAGCGGCUUCAACACGAUAACGACCACCUCCGGAACGAGCUUGCUGAGCGCACUCGUACUCAUGAACAAGCUAUCACCCAACUUCGACAGGCAGCAGAGCAUCGGAGCGCCGACCAUGCUGCUACACUCAAGACGAUGGGCGAGGAGAUGCAUAUACUGCGACGAGAGAAAGAGAGCCUUAAAGAAAGCAUUGAAGAUAUGGAAUUUCAGAUCACCCCAGUCAACGACGAGGUUACUAGGCUGAGAGCAGAGAAUGCGAAGCUUCAGCGUGCGGUGAACCAACGCAACCGCGAGGUCAAAGGCUUACUUGACGAGAUCAAGGAUUGCAACAGGGGCUUUGAGAGCUACAAAAAGCGAGUGAGGGCUUUGGCAAACGAACAAUAG